AUGGCAUCGACGGUAGAGAUCCGUACGCCUGGAGAGGCUGUGGCCAGAAUUGCUUAUUUGUCCAGCGAUGUUAUUAUUUCUGUUCAAGCGGCGCAGUCAAUUGAGUCGGAGUUCUCUUCACAUCUACGAAGAUACGCUGGCCGGAAAGACAGAGGCAUUGUUGCUGCUACCGAAAGUGGCGUGCCAGAGAUUGAAACAAUUAGACAUAAUGCCGACCCUCUAUUAUCCGCAUUUGCGCCUAUAAGAAGUGGCAAGCUUGUUGCCGUCACUACAAGCUCUUCUAUCUUGGUUUCGUCUGUACCACAUCUGUAUAGGCUGGCAAACUUUCCAGUUGUAAUUCAUGUCUCGCUACAGCCUUCGCAAUAUCCAGAUUACUCGUCAAUCACCUCGAUUCGAAACUCCGGAUUUACAUUCCUUCAGUCAGAAACAUUGCAGGAAGCUCAGGAUAUUGCAUUGACAGCCCAUGCCCUCGCCAUCAAAUCCGGUAAGGGUGUUAUACACUUCUUCAGCUCUACAACUUCGGCCCAGGAUAAUACCAUCCCCGCCGAGGACGAGAACGUCGUGAAGGAGAUCUUGGAUAUCGAUUUGGUUCGAUCAUUUCAACACAACAUCAUUGGAGGGUCAACGGUGUAUGCAGACGAUGGACGAGUCGCUACUAUUUCCGAAGUGCAGGCGACUGAAAAUGGAUUUUCAAAUGGUGCUAUGGAGGGAGUAGAGGCGACCAAUUCAUCAGCGCAACGAAUUGCCUCCGAAAUCCCAUCAAAGGCGUCUUCCGUAGGAUCGUCAAAGUCGGAUCGCGAGAGCAGUCUUGAGAGCAGAGACUCCGUGUCUUCAGCAACAACCGUGGAACAAACGACUGUUCGAGCAGUUACCUCGGAUGAUAUCUACAAUUUUGUGUCUUCAAUAUGGGCAACGCUCAAACAACGCGUGGACAGGGAAUAUUCUCCUUUUCACUACUCUGGACCUUCAAACGCUGAGAAUGCUUUGUUCAUCUUUGGUUCAGAUGUUGGAGCUUUCGGUGAGGUAAUUGAUGCCGCAAAGUCGGGCGAUGCAUAUGCAAAAGCUGGUGUGAUUACAGCUAGAUUAUACCGUCCAUGGCUAGGCGCAAAGCUCAUUGCCACGAUACCGAAAUCGAUCAAAAAAUUAGCAGUUCUGGAGCAGAUCCGACGGAAGACAACAAAGUGGGGCCCAUUGCUUCUAGAUCUUCUUACCACCCUAAAAUCCGGACCAGGUGGCGGUGUUGAGACCAUUGUUGGCCAUCAACUGGGCUACAUCGCACCUGAGACCGUGCCUCAAGCUCUGCGUGGGGUAUUCCAAAACCUGAAAUCCGAGAAGCCAAUUCAGAACCUCGAGGUUGGGAACUCCGAAGGACCAGCAGAGUCCGACGAAUCUUACGACCCCUCACAACCAAAAGUCGAGUCUGCAUAUAUGAAAAUCUUGAACCAAAUUUUCGGCCAGCGUCUGUACCUCGCAAAUGCUCUCGGCUCAGAGAACGUGGGUAUUUCUGCUGCAGUCGCAGCAACUCCUGAAUUUGGCUUUGGCUCGUUAAUCGCUCGAAAACAGCGCCGUGAGAGCUUUGUCGACGAGAUCCGAAGCUCAGCAAGCUCCAAGUCAUUUAGCAAGGAGGCGAAUGCUGCACUUGCAAAGUGGGCGGCGGCUGCUGGAGACGACAAGAAGGUCAAUGAAUUAGCGGAUGGGCUUACAAAGUUGCUCGAGUCCGAUGGGGGUGCCAAGUCGAAAGAUCUACUCUCCAAGAAGGAGCUCUUCCGUAAAGAGUCUUCGUGGCUCGUCGGAUCUGAUGCUUGGGCAUAUGAUCUUGGGAACUCUGGAGUGCACCAUGUCGUUGCAUCCGGCGAGAAUGUCAACAUGCUCAUCAUUGAUUCAACUCCAUACUCCGAGCGGGCGGCUGCGGACGCAGCAAGACGAAAGAAAGAUAUCGGAUUGUACGCCAUGAAUUAUGGCAACGCAUAUGUUGCUUCGGUAGCGGUCUACAGUUCAUAUACCCAGGUUCUACAAGCGAUGAUUGAAGCAGAUCAGUUUGAUGGACCAUCUGUCGUCGUAGCAUAUCUUCCAUAUUUCAAGGAGGAUGAUUCCCCGUUGACUGUUCUACAGGAGACCAAGAAAGCAGUGGAUCUUGGUUACUGGCCGUUGUACAGAUGGAAUCCGCAGAACGAGUCGAAGGGAGAACCAAAUUUCUCGCUUGAUUCGGAACGUAUCAAGAAGGAACUCAAGGACUUCCUUGCUCGAGACAACCACCUCACGCAAUUGAUGAAAAAGCACCCAGAGUUUUCAUCUAGCUUAUCGCAAGACUACGGUUCAGAAGUACGAGCGCUUCAAAAGCGAAAAGCCAAGGAUUCUUAUGCUCAGCUUCUGGACGGUCUAUUCGGCGCACCUUUGACUGUUCUAUUUGCUUCCGAUAACGGCAACGCUGAGUCGCUUGCAAAGAGAUUGGGAAACAGAGGUAAGGCACGAGGCUUGAAGACCAUGGUUAUGGCUAUGGAAGACUAUCCCUUGGAGGAUCUUCCAAGCGAGGAAAACAUUGUGAUCCUAUCCAGUACUGCUGGUCAGGGUGAGUUUCCACAAAAUGGUCGCGCAUUCUGGGAGGGAAUCAAGGACAACACCGAGCUGGAUCUCGCAACUGUCAACUUCUCAAUAUUCGCUCUUGGAGACAGCCACUACUGGCCCAGAAAGCAGGACAAGCACUACUAUAACAAGCCUGGAAAAGACCUUGACCGAGUCAUGGCGAAUCUUGGCGGAAAGCGUCUCGCAGAAAUUGGGCUUGGUGAUGACCAAGAUCCUGACGGAUAUCAAACUGGUUACGCAAACUGGGAGCCCCAAAUUUGGACUGCUCUCGGCGUAGACAAGGUCGAAGGCAUUCCAGAAGAAGCACCACCAAUCACCAAUGAGGACAUUAAGUUAGCUUCCAACUUCUUGCGCGGUACCAUCGAGGAGGGUCUCAAAGACACGUCCACUAUGGCCAUCUCAGCUCCCGACCAGCAGCUCACAAAGUUCCAUGGAACCUACAUGCAAGACGAUCGUGAUCUUAGGGAUGAGCGCAAAGCUGCAGGUCUUGAACCAGCAUACUCUUUCAUGAUUAGAUGUAGGUUGCCGGGUGGAGUCGCAACGCCAAAGCAAUGGAUACAGAUGGACGAUGUCAGCAACAACUUCGGAAACGAAACUAUGAAGUUGACUACACGACAAACCUUCCAGUUUCAUGGCGUGAUCAAGACAAAAUUAAAGUCGGCUAUGCAAGGUAUCAACCAGUCGUUGAUGACAACCAUUGCCGCCUGUGGUGAUGUCAAUCGAAAUGUUAUGUGCAGUAGUUUGCCUACUGCAUCGAAAUAUCACCGUCAGGUUUUUGCUUGUUCAGCUAAGAUUUCAACACACUUAUUGCCAGCAACAACUGCAUACCAUGAAAUCUGGCUCAAGGAUGAAAACGACAAGAAGACUCAGGUCGCAGGUGACGCUGUCCAAGACUACGAGCCUCUCUACGGCCCUACUUAUCUUCCAAGAAAGUUCAAGAUUACGAUCGCUAUCCCGCCUCACAAUGACACUGAUGUCUACGCGCAUGAUGUUGGUCUUAUUGCCAUUAAAGGCAAAGAUGGUAACUUGGCAGGAUUCAAUCUUCUCGCUGGUGGUGGUAUGGGUGUUACACACAAUAACAAGAAGACUUACCCAAGAACAGGUAGCUGUCUUGGAUAUGUCUCGAAAGAGGACGUACACAUUGCAUGCGAGAAAGUCAUGCUUGUCCAGCGAGACCAUGGCGACCGUAAGAACCGCAAGCACGCUCGUCUAAAGUACACCAUUGACGAUAUGGGUGUGGACGUCUUCCGAGGCAAGGUCGAGGAACUCUGGGGCAAGAAGUUUCAAAAGGAACAGCCUUUCAAGUUUCAGAGCAACAUCGAUACCUUCGGGUGGCAAAAGGAUGAGACUGGACUGAACCACUUUACCUUCUUCAUCGAGAACGGACGUAUUGAAGAUACAGCGGAGUUCCCAAUGAAGACAGGUCUUCGUGAGAUCGCGAAGGUUCAUAAAGGAGAGUUUAGAUUGACAGGUAACCAACAUCUGAUUCUCAGCAACGUUGAUGAUGCAGACCUCCCACUUAUGAAAGAGAUGAUGGCCAAGUACAAGCUCGACAAUGUACAGUUCUCCGGGAUGCGUUUGUCAUCGUCAGCUUGCGUAGCCUUCCCAACUUGCGGGCUUGCCAUGGCUGAAAGUGAGCGUUACCUACCAGAAUUGAUCUCAAAGCUUGAGGGCGUUCUCGAAGAGAACGGCAUGAGACAAGACUCGAUAGUCAUGAGAAUGACGGGUUGCCCUAACGGAUGUGCCAGACCAUGGUUAGCUGAGGUCGCUUUCGUCGGUAAGGCUUAUGGGGCUUACAACAUGUAUCUUGGUGGCGGUUACCACGGUCAACGUUUGAACAAGCUGUAUAGAAGCAGUAUCAAGGAAGACGAGAUUCUUGAUAUCAUGAAGCCUCUACUCAAGAGAUACUCCCAGGAGCGAACUGAGGGUGAGCGUUUCGGAGACUUCUGUAUCCGAAUCGGAAUGAUCAAGGAGACUACCGAGGGCAAAACCUUCCACGAUGAUGUUGCCGAGGAAGAAUCCGACGAAGAGUAG